AUGGCCUAUGACCGGUUUGUGGCCAUCUGUCACGCCCUGCACUAUACAGUCAUCAUGAACCCCCAGAUCUGUAGACUGCUGGUUCUGGUGUCCUGGGUCAUCUGUAUUCUGAAUUCCUCAUUAAAGAGCUCAAUGCUUUUUCAGCUGUCCUUCUGUACAGAGGUGGAAAUACCCCACUUUUUCUGUGAACUCAAUCAGAUGAUCCACCAGGUUCUCUCUGACACCUUUCUUAAUGACAUGGUGAUGUAUUUUGUAAUUGUGCUACUGGUGGGUGUUCCCCUGGGAGAGAUCCUUUGCUCUUACUCUAAGACUGUUUCCUUCAUAUGUAAAAUAUCAUCAGAUCAGAGAAAAUAUAAAGUAUUUUCCUCCUGUGCAUCUCACCUCUCAGUUGUCUCCUUAUUUUAUUGUAUAAGCCUAGGAGUGUAUCUUAGCUCUGCUGCUACCCAGAGCUCCCAUUCAAGUGCAGUAGCUCAUUGUUGUACACAGUGGCCACUCUCAUGCUGA